AUGAAUAAAUGUAAAUAUAAAACAGAAAUGCUGGGGCACAUUAUUUUCAUGUCCUCUUUUUUAAGUUAUGCAAUGUCACCAAAUGUCACUUCCAAAGAAUCACCACAAGGAUCAUGCAACACUUUGUGCACUUGCACAGAAAAAGACGGUGUGUGGUAUAUAAACUGUGAGGAACAGAAUAUUGACAAAAUAUCCAAAGUCAAAAUACCACAGGGGAUACCCUUCCACCUCAGUCUGUACAGUAAUGAUCUAAUGGAAUUGCUUCAGGAGGAUAUAGAAGGUCUGAAGAAUGCAGUUUCACUUAAUCUUGGAGCAAACAGUCUACAGCAGCUGGAACCUGGAAUUUUCAGUGCACUCAACUUCCUCAAGAAGCUGCACAUCAACCGAAAUUCUCUGGCCACAUUAAAAGAGAACACAUUUGAAGGUCUGGUCAGUCUGGAAUACCUGCAGGCAGACACAAACUUCAUUCAAGUUAUUGAACCAGGGGCCUUUAGCAAGCUCAUUCGUCUUAAGGUCCUGAUACUGAAUGAUAAUUUCAUCAGCGUCCUACCAAGCAAUGUCUUCCGCUUUGUGCCUUUGACCCAUUUAGAUCUGCGAGGAAACCAGCUGCAGUCGCUGCCCUACGUGGGCUUUCUUGAGCACAUUGGCCGCAUUAUGGAGCUCUUGCUUGAGGACAAUGACUGGGUGUGUGACUGCCAAAUCCUUCCUCUGAAAAUCUGGAUGGAGAACACCCAUGCCCAGGCUGCCAUCAGUGAAGUGGUCUGCAGCAGUCCACCCUAUCUCAAAGGCACCAUCCUCAGCAAGGCAAAGAAGGACGAUCUGUGUCCCUCCCACAGCGAAGCCGAUUUAGAUGAAACUUCCAGGUCAUUGCACAUGGUCGUUACACCAUCUUCAAAGGCCACAAAGCUCCCGAAGCUAAUGGAUGUAAAAGAUGAUGCAAAGAUCCCAACCCAACCAUAUGUAUCAAGAACUGUCUGUACUGAGAAGUGUUCCUGUUUCAACUCACCAACAGCAGAGUUUCUUGUCCAUUGUGAGGACAAAGGCAUUCAAAAGAUUUCAGACCUUGGGUUACUUAACCAAAGCCCAACUAACUUAAUGCUGACAGGAAACAUGAUUCAGAGACUUUCGCUGUAUGACUUCACCACAUAUGAAAGUUUAAAAUUGCUAAAUUUAGCAAACAACCAAAUUGAUUACAUAGACAAUGAAACUUUUCUCAGUUUGGGCCAAUUAAAAGAGCUGUACUUGAAUGGAAACAGACUUGAUCGGUUGUUCUCAGGAAUGUUUGUGGGCCUUAGCAACCUUGAAUAUUUGUAUUUAGAAUAUAAUGUCAUUAAAAACAUUCAGCCAGGAACUUUUAGGCCUUUGCUGAAUUUGAAGCUUCUGUUUUUAAAUAACAAUCAACUUCAAACACUUCCACCCCACAUAUUUCACCAUGUUCCACUAGCUAAAUUGAAUUUGAUGGAUAACCUCUUCAAGCACCUGCCGGUGAGCAAUGUCCUAGAUCAGCUAAUUUCUCUGAGUCAGAUCUCUCUGGAUAAAAAUCCUUGGGAUUGUAGCUGUGAUUUGGUUGAUUUGAAACAAUGGACCGAGAGACUUUCCAAGGAUAUAGUUAUGGGUAACAUAACCUGUCACACCCCAAGGAAAACCUCAAAAACUGAUCUGGGCACCUUGACUUAUGAUGUAAUGUGCCCUGGCUUAGUGGCAUUUUCAUAUACCCAGACAAAUGGAUUAAGUCAGCGUGUGACAACCACAGCUACCCCCACGAGCAGCAGUGAGGGCUUUCUCAGUUUAUUCACUGAAACUGUCCCACUUUCAGUUCUGAUCCUUAGUUUGUUGAUCUUCUUCCUCCUGGUCAUAUUUUGUGCUGCUGGCAUUGUUGUCUUGGUUGUACGUCAGAAAAAGAGGUCAAAAAAGAAGCAAGCAGAGGAUCAGUCAGGAGAGGGCAGCCCAGUGCAGGUGCAGUACAAUGCAUGUAGUCAUAAAGACACUCACAACCAAAAUCCUGCAAUAAAUGUGUAUGAAGAGCCAAGAGCAGCGUAUGGGCCCAUCAUACAGGUCUGCGGGAAUUCCACUUGCUUCAUUCGACAUAAAGAUCAUGAGCUGGAGAACUGUAAUGUCACUGGCCACAGAUGUUCUCACAUAUGCGCCCUGGACAAGGAGACUGGGAAUGAUGCACCUUUGAUAGGGCCGCACCUAAAAUUCAGGCUACCAAGGGAAAGUCCCUCAAAUUUUGUCACUCUUGGCAAUGCAAGCUCCUUGUACCAACAUCUCAUGGAAAGGGAACGGGAGCUUCAGCAGAUUGGCUUAGCAGAAUAUCUCAGGAAGAAUAUUUCUCAACUACAACCAACUUUUGAAACCCAGGGCCAGGCCCGACAUGAAGACUUAAACUUAAUGGAGACACUUAUGUAUGCCAAACCACAGAUGGUCAUGUUAGAUCAAACUAAAAAUGAAUAUUUGGAGCUUAAAGCAAAUUUAUACAAAGAUCCAGACUACCUGGAAGUAGUAGAACAUCAAACUACCUUUAAUUGAAAAGUAGAUUUACCACUGAAGAAAACACUUUGACUUUCAAUAAGUGCCUUUAGAAAUGUUUUUAUUAUAUGUUUGCCACGCCCACACCGCCAAGCCAACUGGAACACCUGGGGUGCGGCGCAUACUCGGGCAUAAAAGGCAGCGUCAGACCAGGAGCUGAUGCGGAACCUUUUUCAGCCUUGUUGUUUGUGACCUCCUUGCCAUUGCGCUACUCCUUCCUGAUCCCUUAGUCCUUUCCCGGUCCUGUGCCCUUAAUCCUCAAUCCUCGUGCCUCAAUUUGAUCAUAGACCACUUACCUGUUUACCGACCUUGCCUUUUGGAUUCUCCUUGUUACGACGUUCGCGCCUCGAAGACUGAUUGCAUGUCCUGUGACCUCACCUCUUGGAUUUCCCUGAAUAAACCACGAUGUCCGCUCUGCACUUGGGUCCGCCACUUCCUUCCGAAGCCAGCCAUGACAAUGUUCACAGCACACCAUGACUCUCCAUUGGAUAAGCGAAACAUGAAGUGAAUAGACUGUAAAUUAAUAACCUAC